UAUUCAACGAAUGACGUUCAAACCUCUAACUAGUCGGGUCCAGAACUUGCGUACAGGCUAUAAGUAGGAGGCUUUUCCAAAUAUGACAUAAACCCUAAUUUCUUCCAUCUCCCAUUCUCGCUUUUAUCUCUUCUUUACGAGAAUCUGCGACAUUAUAUUUCAAAGGCAACAUGGCAGCCAGGGCUAAUCGUCAUGGAGUUCAGUUUCAAUUUAGUUUUCUGCUGACAUGGAUCCUAGCAGUACAAGGAGCUAGCCAGACCCAGAGCCAGACCCCAAAAUUACAGUACGGGUCAAUCGUGACGGGCAAUGGGAAAGAUCAUCCGUCCGUGUCUUCACACCCUUCACCUGCGAACGGCCUCGGACGGAGCUGCAACAUUGUUGACCUAUGUAGGCAAAUAAUUCUGAGCCUGACUGACACCAGCGGGACUCGAGUUGAGACUGUUGUUAAUGUUACGAUGGGCAAAGGAGCUUUGAACGGCAGCGUGGCGGGCUUGGAGGCAUUGGCUGCCGGGGCUACUCAUUGGUUUUAUAACAAAACCCACUCCACCGGUCAAUUAAACUUCACAAUGGACCCAAUUUCCGAUGCCGCAAAUGCAUCGACAAUGCUAGACUUAGAGGCUGUUUCUCGAGGCAUUUUUCGUGCAAAACCGGACAUGUAUGCACCAACCUCUACUAAUGACUCAAACAUAGCUCCUCGGGUCGUCGGUUAUUUUGUGACGAAAGCUAAUUCGACUUCAAAUGUGGUGGAGUUGACAUUCUACGCUAUUGAUGAAGUCAGUGUUGAGGAAGAUGAUAUGAAACUCGUCUUGAAAUGUGCUGAAUCUAUUUUACUCGCUGGGAAAGCUUAUUCUUGCACUUCGUUGAAGAAGUGCUGUUGAAGAAGUUUUUUAAUAGGGUAUUAAAAAGUAAAAUUUUUAAGCUGAUUGAGCCUUAACUAGCUUGAUUGGAAUGAUAUUGUUGCUAAUGCGGGAAGACGUGGAUUUGAGUACGUUGAAAUGUAUUAUUUUGUUUGGGAAGUUAAUUCGAAGUGUUGUAAUAGGGUAUUAAAAAGUAAAUCAUUCAAGUUAAUUUAAUUUUAACUUGAUUGGUAUGGACGUUCUUACUAAUAUAGGAGGGCUCAUUUGAGUAUGUUGAAGUGUUAUCUUUGUUCGGAAAAUUUAUUCUUGCACUUCACUGAAGUUGAUUGUUGUAAUAGGAUAUUAGAAAGUAAAUCAUUUAAGUUGAUUAAGUCUUAACUUAAUUGACAUGAAUAUUCUUACUAAUGUAGGAGGAGAUGAAUUUGAUGUGUUGAAGUGUAUUAUUCUUGUUCGGAAUGUUUAUUCGUGCACUUUGUUGAA